AUGAGCCUCCAAGCUCUCUCGCCCGUCGCCCCUGAGCCUCCGUCUCCGAUGCUCACCUCCGUCACCCCGGUGACGCCCUCCACCUGCCUUGCCUCUGUCAGCUCCGCCCCCCUCAUGGACCCGGAGCAACCCGACGACGGAGCCUCGCUGUCGGGUUUGGACCCCAGCGGAGGCAGCCUGUCUGGGGGAGGAGCUUCCAGAAGGAUGAAGAAACCUCCUCCUCUGCACACUGGAGCCGACUGGAAGGUGGUUCUUCACCUGCCGGAGAUCGAGAAGUGGCUGAAGGCUACCAGUGACCGAGUCACUCAGCUUUCUCACUCUGUGGGACAAGAUGGAGACAACCGACAUGUGGACGUCCACCUGGUGCAGCUGAAGGACAUCUGUGAGGACAUCUCGGACCACGUGGAGCAGAUUCAUGCUCUGCUGGAGACAGAGUUUUCUCUGAAGCUUCUGUCCUACUCUGUGAACAUCAUCGUAGACAUAAGGACCGUGCAGAUACUUUGGCAUCAGCUCAGAGUCUCGGUUCUGGUUCUGAAGGAGCGUCUGCUUCAGGGCCUGCAGGACUCCAACGGAAACUUCACCCGGCAGACCGACAUCCUGCAGGCCUUCAGCCAGGACCAGCACCAGACCCGGCUGGACGCUCUGACGGAGGUCGAUGACUGCGGUCAGCUGACUAUUCGCUGCAGUCAGGACUACUUCUCUCUGGACUGUGGAAUCACUGCCUUCGAGCUCAGUGACUACAGUCCCAGCGACGAGCCCGACGUCCUGGGAACCGAACCCAGAACACAGGACCCGAACCAGGACCUGAACCAGGACCCCGGAGUUGAGGAGAGCAAAGGAUCCAACCGCCACAACAGCUUACCUGACCUCUCCACAGCCGCUGACUCUACAAACCAGAACCGUUCUGUGUUACCCACAAUGCAAUGCAGCAGCCCCAGUGACAGCGCGAAGCGCCCCCUGCAGCCCGGGAACCUCAGCACCGAGGCCUCGCCAACACAGCCGUCCCUUCCAAAGAGAGCCGCCCUGCUGUUGGACUCCAGUGGAGGUCUGGGGGACGUUAGUCUGCUGUCGGGGCUCCAGUUCCAGGCUGAGCUGAGCCGCAGCACUCCCUCCCUCAUGGAUCCGCCGGACCGCUCCAAGUUCUGGCUGGAACUGGACUCAGUUUAUCCAGAAAAUGUCUCUCAGUCCUACGAGAGUCUGCAGGUCAUGAACGGGCGUAACCUCAGGAGACACCGUGUGAGCUCCAGACACGGAGGACGCCCAGAGGGGAGCGUGCAGAGGCUGCAGCCCAGCCGGAGGAGCUCGUCUGGGGCCAGACCGACCGCCGGCGCCCCCCCGCCUCUCCAGGACCUGCAGUCUGAGGAGGAAAGGCCAAAGCAAAUGGAGAGGAGGAGGAAGGAGACACACUCUCCCAGUGAGGGGGAGUCGGACUCCUCGCCGCCCUCCCCUGUCGGGGAGCAGCUCCCCUCAGACCUGGAGGCGUCCGGAGAGGACUCGGACCCCCGACCGCCGCCCAGCAAGACGGCCAUCUGGAUCGUGAAGCGCCAGGUCCAGAAGGGUGCCCAGGUUUCCUCCAGAACCAGCCCAGACCGGCAGCACUGGUACGGGUCGGAGGAGUUCUUGGCUCUUCCUGCUCAGCUCCGUAAAACCGAGAUGUUGGCGAUGAAGCUGGAGAGUCUGACUCAGUCCAUCCCUCCGAGACCCGGAGACUCGACCCUACAGGACGUGGAUGACUGGGAUCUGACCGAGCUGAACUGGGACCCGGCGGACAGCGUGGACACCAUGAGCAGCGUGGGGGAGAGUUCAGACGACGUUCCUUCUCCUCCGCCGGCGUUGCUUCCAUACAGAAGAAACCUGCUGAGCCGGUUCAGUCCGACCUCCUCCUCCGACGUGGCGCCGUCGCUGGAUGGAAGCAUCGAGUCGGGCCGGCUGAGCGAGCUGCAGUCUGAGGAGGAGGAUGGUCGGAUGGCGCCCCCUGUGGACGGACGAGGAUGUUGCUCUCUGGUGCAGCGGCUGCUGGACGACAUUCAGAGCCGGGACAAAGACCCCGACGUCUGGAGGAAGAUCGAGCGUCUGGUGCAGCAGUUGGACGGGUUCAUCUCGUGGCUGCAGGAGGCUCUGGACAGCACCGAGAACUGGACUCAGCCCAGACAGGACCUGGACAGCCUGAGGGUUUACCUGGACACACACCUGAGCUUCAAGCUGAGCGUGGACAGUCACAGCCGCCUGAAGGAGAACAUCAUGGAGGACGGGAAGGCGCUGCUCGCUGUCAUCACCUCCAACCAAUCAGGUCUGAAGGAAAUCCUCCAGAUGGUUUCCAGCCAAUGGGAUCAGCUCCAGCGCCAGAUUCGGCGCCAACACGGCUGGAUGCUCCGCGCCCUGCGCUGCAUCCAGGCCCGCCUCUUCUACUCCAGCCAAUCACACGAGCCCUUCACGACGCCGGGGGACUCGUCGGCCAAUCAGCAGCCUCCGUGUCCGGCGGAUGGCCUGAAGGUGGAACUGAUCUCCAGUCAGUGUGAAGCUCAGCGCGUCGCUCUGGAGCAGAUGGCCAUUAAACUGAGCAGCCUGCAGUACCCCUUGUCCACCAGCAGGAGGCACUGCAGCCAGCUGGCCAAGAACAACAGCCUGCAGGAGUUUGAGGCCGAGUACCAGGAGCUCUGGGAUUGGCUGAUGGACAUGGACGCCAUGGUAACGGACAGCCAUCAGCUGAUGAUGUCAGAGGAGCAGAGACAUCACCUGUUCAAGAGCAGUCACACAGAGCUGAUGAUGAUGGAGGGGAGGAAGAGCAGCCUGCUGGGCCGAGCAGAGUCCCUGAAGAGGAGCUCCACCACCCAGCUGCCCAGUUCCUUCCACAAAAUCCUUUCGGAGCAUUCAGGACCCAGUUCUUCCCAACAGAACCGUGCUUCCAGCGGUAACGUUCUGCCAUCCGGAGGUCGGGCCGGUUCCGUGGAGAACCCUCGCUCGGCUCUGUCUCCGCUGACCAACUCUCUGCUGGAGCAGCUGGAGGCCCGGAUCAAGGAGCUGAAGGCCUGGCUGAGGGACACCGAGCUGCUCAUCUUCAACUCCUGCCUGAGACACGACAGAGACGAGGCCGAGCAGCUGCACAGCUUCAAGUCUCUGUGUUCGGAGAUCCGAGCCCGGCGCCGAGGAAUCUCCUCGGUUCUGAAGCUCUGCCAGAAGCUGCUGCAGCAGAGUCAGUCGGGUCCGAUGGCGGAGGCGGGCCCGGAGGCGGAACAGCACCGGGAGGCCCUGCAGCUGCUGUCCAUCAACCUGGAGCGGCGCUGGGAGGCCAUCGUGAUGCAGGCGCUGCAGUGGCAGAACCGGCUGAGGAGGGAGCAGCAGGUUCCUGGCAACUUUCUGGAACCGGGUUUGGUGGACCUCCGUCAGAUCAGCCCCAUCUCAGCUGGUCCAGUGGCCCCGGCACCAGAAGACUCCUGGGAGUGGGACGAAACGGACAUGACAAUCACAGAAUCAGAUCCACAAGAAGAACCCGACCUGACGCAGAACCUCCCCACAGAACCAGACCUGCCCUCAGAUCUCACUCUGACCAACGGGAACCAACCUGUGGAGACUAGAACCAGUCAGUGUCCUGAGAUGGUGUCCAAUGCAACGGGUGACAGAACCUCCAGAACUGCCCCCCAGAACAACAACAACAUCUACCAGGUGUACAGCCUCCACCAGGUGGAGCUGUACCGGCAGCCUCAGUUCCCUCAAACCUCCUCACUGCACAGAACCAAGUCCAAACGGAAAAUCCUGCUGAAAAGCCUCAGCAAAGACUCGUCCUUCUCCUCCAUCGAGUCGCUUCCCGACCUGCUGGGAGGUUUGGUGUCCAGCAGCCAAGGAGGAGAUCGGAUAGAGGAGAGCGAAGGAGGAAGAGGAAGCGGCCAGUCGGCAAACAGCCGGAGAUCCGAGUGUGAAAGCGGGAUAGUCAGUGAUACGGGAGACACCGAGACAACCACAACCACCUCCGAGAACCCCGGAGAUGAAGACGAGGAGGACCAACACCACAAGGAGAAAGGAUGGAGGAGGGAGGAGCUGAGAGGAGAAACUAAAAGAAGCAGAGAGGAGGAGAAGAGGAGGAGGACCAGGAGAGGAGGAGGUGAAGCUGUGGAGAUCCUUAUUAAUGGACGAGGCAUCCUGACUCCUGCCGACUCCGACUCAGACUUCGAGGUGGGAGGACUCGCCGUCGACUCCCGCAGAGACGUGGGUGGCUUCAGCCAGUUUCCUGGUCUGGAGACGCCUCCUGCUGUGAGGGCCUCCUCCCCAGCUCUGUCUCAGGGCUCCUCUCUGGAGUCCCUCCUGGCCCUCGGCGUCGAGUUAUUUCCAUCCAAAGACUCGCUGCAGCGAAGCGCCUCCCUGGAGAGCUGCCUGCUGCCGAGUCGCAGCGCCGACGGGGAGACGGGAGGCAGCCUGGCCAGCCUGGGGGAGCUGGACCUGAGCCCGAGAGGAGGCGGCGACGCAGGAGAACCGGGGAGGGAGAAGAGCGGAGUCCCAGGAGAACCGUCGUCUGGGGAACUGAGCAGAAGGACCCUGGACCUCCUGAAGCGCCUGGAGAACAUCCAGAGUCCUCUGGAGGCCAAGAUGACCCGCAGCGUUUCUGACAUGACGCUUCGCAGCAGCUCCCCGCUGAGGAGUCGACUUCCUGCGUCGCCGUCUCUCGGCGGGCGCCGUGCUCCGCUAUCCGGGGCUUCGGGCUCGGCCAGGAGAGGCCCACCAUCGCUGAUCAACGAGAGCUCGGCCACGGCAUCGCUGACGGAGCUGAGCAGCACCGAGGACUCGUCGCUGGGAUCUGAAGACUUCAGAAAUCAGCGCCAGCUCCUCCUCGACCCGGCGGCGGCGCCCAACGCCAACUCCUACAGGAAGCGUUGCCACGGUAACAGCAGAGGCGCCGAUGAGGCGGAUGCGGCGAGCCUGAGCAUGGUGGUGAAUGUCUCCUGCACGUCGGCCUGCACCGACGAGGAUGAGGACGACAGCGACCUCCUGUCGUCCUCCACGCUGACGCUUACCGAGGAGGAGCUGGGCGUCCGCGACGACGAGGAUGAGGAGGAGGAGCGUCUCAGCGGAGCGUCUUCGGCCGAUGAGAACGAUGAGGACGAAGACGAGGAGGAGAUGGAGGGAUCGUACGUGCUUGGCUUCGAGUACAUGAAGAGGGAGCUGCAGAGCUGGAUCAGAUCUCCUCGCACCUCCUCGUCCUCUAAGACUGAAGCUGGGCUCAGAGACGAGCUGCAGUGUGGGAGCAACCUGUCCUCCGGCUUCACCUCCCACAGCAACUUCCUCACCGCAAAACUGAAGGAAACCAACGGCGGCAACAGUAAGACGAAAAGAGAAAAGAGGGAGAUGGAGGAAGAGGAGAACAGGAGGAACGCCACGAGGAGCUACAUCAGCCAGUUUGUGGACGACGUGGAGAACGGGAACGUGGAGCAGAGCUGCCUGAAGGGGAAGGACGAGGACGACGAGCUGCUCCGGGAGGAGUCCAGCGUCUUCACCAAGAAGGGAGAGUCUCUGCGGGAGGCGUUCGUCUUCACCAACACCGGAGACGUCAGCAGCCUGGUGCUGAAACCAGAGUCCGACGGCGAGCUCCGCCCCUUCGCCUCCAAACAGGGCUCCUCACUGGUGGGCCAGCUGAUGGGGGAGCUGCCGUGCCACAGCGCCGCCCUGCCGUCACCUCCGUCGCUGUCGCCGGUGGACGACUGCCGGGCCGACAGCAGCAGAGCAGCAGGGAGGAAGGCCAUCACCAUCCAGGAGAAGUUUAAGUUCUCCUCCUUUGUGACGGAGGAGAGCAAGCGGCAGGUCAGAGACAAGGAUUCGGCGCUGAAGCCCAGAAAGUGGCUCCAUCCUCAGAGCUCCUGCUGCUCCCACCUGAACGCCUCCGUCCAGCCGCUCCACAAGGAGAACAUCCACGACUUCGUGAUGGAGAUCAUCGACAUGACGUCAGUGGCUCUGAAGAGCAAGGAGAACCAGGCCGAGGAACCGAACCAGGCCCAGAACAUCCCAGAACCGAGUCCGGCUUCACUGGCUCAGAUCAGAGACAAGGUCCUUGAACAUUCCCACCGGCCUCUGCACCUGCGUAAGGGCGACUUCUACUCCUACCUGUCGCUGUCCUCCCACGACAGCGACUGUGGGGAGGUCAGCCAGUGUUCAGAGGAGAAGAACUCCUCCCCGGUGCCCUACAGCCUCCCGUCCUACGUCCACAGUCCGAGUCCGGAGCUGCUGUCCAGCAGACGCUGCGACUCCACCAACAGCGUCUGUGCUCUGGACCUGCCACCGGCCACCGGUUCUGCCCAGCCCGACAGUCCGUCUCUGUCGCUGCCGCCGAGUCCCGACAUCCGGGACGAGGUGACGCUGUUCCCGGCCUGCACCGAGGAGGUCUACCUGGGCCCGCCACUCUGCUACAGCAUGGUGCUCACCAAGACGCCACGCCGCCUGCUGAAAGACGGCCCGGAGUCCGGCCCCAAGUCCAGCCCACUGCCCGGAUACCAGCUGAGCCUCCCCGAGGCCAGCGACGCUCUGAGCUAUCUGACCGUCUGUCUGGACCCGGACCAGGAGUACUUCCAGGCAUCGGGAGCCUCAGAGGAGCCUCGGAGCUCCUCCUCCCUCCAGGGAACCGGAUCAGAGCCACAGGACCCCUCUCCUCUCACCGAGUCCUCCAGCGGCGAGGCCGAGCGGCGGGCCGAGGACCUGAACCUCCUGUGUGAUGUCGCUGGCGGAGCUGCGAGUGUCAGCAGGCAGCAGAGCGGUAAUGAGGCGCCUCCUUAUCUUAAUCCCUCGGCUCGUGUCGGCCCGAUAGACUCCUCGGCAGCCCAGUGUUUGGCAGAUACUAAAACGCUUGAAUCCAAUAUGGGCGCCGUAAUGACCAAGAUAAGUGUCUGCAGCUCCGCUACAAAUCCCUCAAAAGAGCCGGCCGCCGCCGCCACGCGCAUUAAUCCCAAAAUUAACUGCUCGGCGAUGAGAGCGGCCGAUAGGGAGGAGGGGGAGCGGGGCAGGAAGGGGCGGAGCCGCUCGCUGCAGGACGCCGCGCAGGUGAGCUCCAGGUCGGCUGGCAGUCACGGCACCAGACCUGCUCAGGGGCGGAGCCAGGCCUCGGUGAGACCGCCCCCCUCCAGGACAGUCAGGAGACCCUCCAUGUCGGCAGCAGCCUCCAGGAUCCACCUGUGAGGACUCGUCCACCUCCUGCUUCUCUCCUGGCGUCUCCUCAUCUCUGCUUCUUCUGUCAAACACUGAACCAGAACCAUCAUUCAGGGCGACCUUCAACCUCAGACGCUCCUGCUGGGAUCCGAUCCGGCGCUUCACAGGAGUCCAGUCUAGUUUCAGGGUUUGUGAUGUGAAGCUGCUGAUUGGGUUUGACUUCAGCUGAAGGUUCAGGCGGUCGGAGGAACAUUUAUGGAUUCUAGAGACAGUAAUGUGGUGAAAUAACAUCCAGCCUGAUCCAGUGAUUGGUAGACGUGAAGCAACUUCUGGAGGUUUCCAUUUGACCGUCUGAGGAGGCUGGAGGAGGAUUUAUUUCACCAAUGAGUCAGAUUCAUGUUGUAUUUGUUGCAUCAAACUGGACCCAGAAUCCGCUUUUCAUUCUUAUUUUUAUUUUUUUUUUACGGUUUUAGACUUGUUUUGGUGUGUUAAGGUUUAUUCUAGAACACUGUUGAAUUAAAUACGGUUAUAUAUGACUCAGAGGAACCGGCUGUUUGACAGAACCGGUUCCAUAAAAUACACAUGUGAAGCUAACCGGUGGUCACCCGUCAGAGCUUCUCUGUUCCACAAUCAGAAAAACGUUCUAAAGACGGUCAGAAAUAAAAACAUCCGUCUGGUCGUUCUCCAGUCGACACUUCCUGCUGCUUUCUUGCAGUUUUAAAUCCAAUAAACAGCCGCUGGUUGGUUCUGACCAGACGAACCUCGGCGCUCAAUCAGAAGUCCGACGACGCCAGCCGCAGAAUGAACACGACACCAGAACAGCUGCUUCUUUGUUGGACAACAAGCUGCAUUAAGUGUUCUUUGUCCACGAAGCAGCAGGAAACUCCCUUUGCACCAGUUUCAUUUACUGUAAGUCUGAAGCUGUAGAUCUCUGCUGGCUUUGAAGCCACCAGAAGCCUCUUUCUGUUGAGUUUCUUCCCUCAUGAACCCGUUUCUGUGAUAUUCUACCUCAGUGUUGUUCUGACUCCAUCUCACGUCUUCGCUCAGUUCGCAUGACGUCUGCCUGAGUUCGUUAUCUCACAGUUCAUACUCACUGUCAGGACUAAAGCUGCUGCAGCGUCGUAGCACACGUAGCGCUCAGUUACUUCCUACCAAUAAUAACACAACGAAGCUGCUGCUGCUGCUGUGGUCGGAGCUACAGAACCAAACCGUAGAACUGACUGCACUGUCAUCCGAGUUCAACAUUUAACAGGUGGAAGGAAGUCAGGAUUUACAGAGGAGCAAUCAAUGUGGAGAGAAAUGAUUGUAAAAGUGAAGUUAUUGUUAAUAAAAACUACAAAUAGUUGGAUGGAAACCACUCAAUCAGCCACACCACCUGGCCAAAAGUAUGUGGACAGCUGAAUGUUGCAGCACAUGUGCUUGUUGUGGCUUUGGCCCAGUGGUUGUCCAGAUACUUUUGGCCAUGUGCUGUGUGUUGACCUGUGAACUCUAUAGUGACCAGAGAGGCCAACAGGUUGU